CGAACGUUACCUUUUAUGGACAACGCCAGCUGUCCCGCGAACGAGAAUAAAACCGGUGAGCGUUUGGCUCGAGAUGCUGCAUUCACCGAGCACAGCUGGGGCAGAGAAACACCCGCAAGACUUCACCGAGAGACACACCCGAGACUCACCUGCACAGAAAUGGAAGAAGACAUCGCUGCCCUCGUUGUUGAUAAUGGCUCUGGCAUGUGCAAGGCCGGUUUCGCUGGAGACGACGCCCCCCGCGCCGUCUUCCCGUCCAUCGUGGGUCGCCCCAGACACCAGGGUGUGAUGGUGGGAAUGGGACAGAAGGACAGCUACGUGGGAGAUGAAGCCCAGAGCAAGAGAGGCAUCCUGACCCUGAAGUACCCCAUCGAACACGGCAUUGUCACCAACUGGGACGACAUGGAGAAAAUUUGGCAUCACACCUUCUACAACGAGCUCCGUGUUGCUCCUGAGGAGCAUCCAGUCCUGCUGACCGAGGCUCCACUCAACCCCAAAGCCAACAGGGAGAAGAUGACACAGAUCAUGUUCGAGACCUUUAACUGUCCUGCCAUGUAUGUGGCCAUCCAGGCCGUGCUGUCGCUGUACGCCUCCGGUCGUACCACAGGUAUUGUCAUGGACUCUGGUGAUGGUGUCAGCCACACUGUACCCAUCUAUGAGGGUUAUGCUCUGCCUCACGCCAUCCUCCGUCUGGACUUGGCUGGCAGAGAUCUGACCGACUACCUGAUGAAGAUCCUCACAGAGAGAGGCUACAGCUUCACCACCACCGCCGAGCGUGAGAUCGUGCGUGACAUCAAGGAGAAGCUCUGCUACGUGGCUCUGGACUUUGAGCAGGAGAUGCUGACGGCAGCUUCCUCCUCUUCCCUGGAGAAGAGCUACGAGCUUCCUGACGGACAGGUCAUCACCAUCGGCAAUGAGCGGUUCCGCUGCGCUGAGACCCUCUUCCAGCCUUCAUUCAUCGGAAUGGAGUCUGCUGGCGUCCACGAGACUACCUACAACAGCAUCAUGAAGUGUGACGUCGACAUCCGUAAGGACCUGUAUGCCAACACUGUGCUGUCCGGCGGCACCACCAUGUACCCUGGCAUCGCUGACCGAAUGCAGAAAGAGAUCACCUCCUUGGCCCCACCCACCAUGAAAAUCAAGAUCAUUGCUCCCCCAGAGAGGAAAUACUCUGUCUGGAUUGGCGGCUCCAUCCUGGCCUCCCUGUCCACCUUCCAGCAGAUGUGGAUCAGCAAGCAGGAGUACGAUGAAUCCGGCCCAUCCAUCGUCCACCGCAAGUGCUUCUAGAAAGCUCCACGUGUCCUCUGCCCCAGCGGGGAAGUUAAUCUGCUUUUCAACUGUUCCAUCCCAACUAGAAUUGUCUCUGGUUGAUCUUGUGUGAACAGACUAAAAGAUGCGAGAUGCCGCACACAGGAUGAAUCAAGCGACCCUCGUUUACAUUUUAACGUCUCGGCAGAUCUUCAGCAGCUUACUGAACAUCAAACAUCUCCAACGUGUUCCUCUAGCUCAGCUUUAAGUCCACCUGGUGAUAAACUUUAGUCCAAGAAAACAAACUGUAUUAUAUUAUACUGUAUUAUGUCAGUAUUAUCACUGAACAUCUUUCUACCCAUGUUCCCCUUAACCAUCUCAGGCAAUAAACUGCACACCGAUGUUCUGCUUUUCUACUCGUUCGUUCUCGAACUGUAUCAAUGCUCUCCUUGAGUGUUCUCAAUAAAAUGCCAACUUUUGAUGUUUA